AUGGCAGCCAAACAGUUUGUUGAUCAACAAGCACCAUCCCGGAAAAACAAAUUCCGAUACCUCAACGCUGGUGUCAUACUCGGGACACCCCAAACACUUGUGUCUAUCUUUAAAUGGGUCUUGCCUUACAUGAAAGAACACAGGGUUGAUGAUCAGGCAGCCCUGGUCAAAUUUUGGCAGCACAACCCUAACAAGAUCACACUUGACUACGAGUCAGAGAUUUGUGGAAUCAUUUCUCCAGUGCCACAAUUCUUGGCACGAGACUGGGAUUACAGUCCCCUCAUAGAAGGCUUGUUGGACAGUAGUGCUGAUCAUGCUACGCGGGCUACUGAAGACGUACUACGUGGUGUUGCGACAAAACAAGAUCAAGGCUUCAUGCGCAAGUAUUCCCACAAACGACCAGGCCUCUUGCAUUUUGCAGGGGUGAAGUACCUUGAUGAAACUUACAAUAAACAUGCCACGUACAAUCGUUGUCAGCAACACUUACUCCAUGUGUACAAUGUGCUGGGGAGAGUGCUCCUGAUGACAUCCCGAGAGGAUGAGGAAGGCUACACGGGUAGCCAUGACAGUAUCACUACAACGUCAUUGCCACAUGAUCAUCAGCCACAACCAGCAAAGCGCCGUGUGGUUGUUUCUUUGACAACGACUCCUCCCCGCAUUGUGGGCAUAUUUCCGGUAUUGCUCAGUCUCGAACGGCAAUCUCGGGUACCGGACGCGAUAUACCUCAAUGUUCCGCAGUAUUCCAAGCGAUUCAAUCAAGAGUAUGUUGUUCCAAAAGCUCUUCAAAAGCUCUCGUGGUUGACCCUCAACAUGGACUGCGAAGAUUAUGGUCCCGCGACCAAACUCAUACCAACGCUAGAAAAAGAAACGGAUCCAGACACUCUGAUAAUCAAUGUGGAUGAUGAAUACAUCUAUCCACCAGAUUUUGUUGAAUCACUUGUGCACCAACACCUUAAGGCACCAUACAUUGCCUUUGCCAAUGCAGGGCAAAUGAUUGACACAGAUCACUUCUCGUCCACGGGUGUUCGAGUGCGUUCUGCCUGUCAUUAUUACACAAGGCAGUGGAAGAAGCAGUUGGCCGCCGUGGACAUACUGGAAGCAUUUCAAGGAGCAAUCUUUCGAAGGGAUUUUUUCUCACUUGAAUCAAUCAAGAACAUUCCCAGCAAUUGCUUUGGAACAGACGAUAUUUGGAUUUCUGCGGAGCUUGCCAAGAAGGGGAUAACACGUGUUCGAAUUCCCUUCACCCAGCCUGACAACUGGACAAGAGAUGCCAUGAUUGUUGACAAGCUAGCACCCCUCCGAAUUAACAGUAUGUUUGGAGAAUCCAAGAAUGACAGGUGUGCUUUGGAACUCCUUCCGCAUUUCCAAAAAUCGUGGCGCCAAACAAUGCAGCGCAUUCCCAUAGGCUUUGAGUGGCUUGAUUAUCCGAAAGCUCUGCCCAAAAAUGCAUACUAUGAUGAAGAGUAUAACGCUGAUCGCGUCACUUCUCCCUGUUCCAUGCCAAUCGAAUGA